CAUGGCACACGGCAUGUUUACUACUCGGACAUGACCUGGCUGUUUGUACGUGUUGAUGGCUGUAGGUCAUUUCUCUGUCCGGCGGCUGGAGCCUCACUGUGUUGUCAUUUGAAUACAGAGACACGGCCAGACAGCACAUGCUCGGCAGCUACUGCUGCAAACCAGGAAACUGUGGGCAGGACGAAUGAAAGAGAAAAUGAAAGCAGCCGACACAAUGAUCCAGCUCAAAUUCAGGACACAGUGACAAUUUCUAAAAUGCAAAAGUGAUCACCAUCAAAAUCAGCAAUACCAAAAACCUUCAUUAUGCAUCUCUUGCUUAUAAUCCUGCUCUUUCUGGAGUCACAGUUUUGUGUCCAGUCUUCUGACAGUAAUAGUUCUGCAGAUGAUAACCUGGCAACAAACGGCCUUCCUUUUCCAUGGAGUAAAUUGCGCCUGCCAAACUACAUAGUGCCUGUACAUUAUCAUCUACUUAUUCAUCCCAAUCUCACCACCCUGAAGUUCAGCGGUUCUGUGAAGAUUGAAAUCGAUGUCAAAAACAACACAAACUGGGUGGUGCUGCACAGCAAGAACCUCAAGAUCUUCACAGCCACUGUUCUGGACGAGCACGAGGCCCAUCUGUCAGACAAAGUGCUCUCGGUGCUGGAAUAUCCGGCACACGAACAGAUUGCCAUCUUCUCCCCAAAGAUUCUGACCUCUGGGGAAAGAUACUUCCUGUAUUUGGAAUUUGGUGCACCAUUAAGUGACGGCUUCUAUGGAUUUUAUAAGAGUACAUAUAGAACAAAAGCAGGGGAGACAAGGGUCCUGGCGUCCACCCACUUUGAGCCCACAUCUGCCCGAAUGGCAUUGCCAUGUUUCGAUGAGCCCAUUUUCAAAGCUAAUUACACUGUCAGAAUAAGGAGGGGCCCGUCACACAUAGCUUUGUCCAACAUGCCAUUAGAACAAACUGUGGAAAUCGGCAAUGGUCUGUUUGAGGACCAGUUUGAAGUGAGUGUGAAGAUGAGUUCGUAUCUGCUGGCCUUCAUUGUUUGUGAUUUCAGAUCUGUCAGUGGGAUGACUGCAACUGGAAUUAAUAUUUCUAUUUAUGCAGUUCCAGAGAAAUGGCAUCAGACACACUAUGCUCUUGAGGCUGCUUUGAGGCUUUUGGAGUUUUAUGAACAAUAUUUCAACAUACUUUAUCCGCUACCAAAAAUGGACCUGAUAGCGAUUCCAGAUUUCCAGUCAGGAGCUAUGGAGAACUGGGGUUUGACUACUUAUAGGGAAACGUCUCUUCUGUACGACCCUGAAAUCUCAUCAGCCUCCGAUAAGCUCUGGGUUACCUUGGUGAUAGGACACGAGCUGGCCCAUCAGUGGUUUGGUAACCUGGUGACCAUGGAGUGGUGGAAUGACAUAUGGCUGAAUGAAGGCUUUGCCCGAUAUAUGGAAUUUGUCUCACUUGAGGCAGUAUAUCCGGAACUUAAAGUUGAGGACCACUUCCUGGACACCUGUUUCGGAGCUAUUGGACGGGAUUCUCUAAAUUCUUCCAGGCCAAUUUCCAGUUUAGCUGAGAACCCUACUCAGAUAAAGGAAAUGUUUGAUACCGUGUCAUAUGAUAAGGGAGCAUGUAUUCUCCAUAUGCUGAGGAAUUUCUUGACAAACGAAGGCUUUCAGAGUGGCAUAAUUCGAUACCUUCGGAGGUUCAGGUACAGCAAUGCCAGAAAUGAAGACCUGUGGGACAGCCUUAUUAAAACGUGUUCUGAGGAGGAUUUUACAGCAGGAGAAUACUGUUACAGCAGUACCCAAGCCACUAAAAAUGCGUAUCGUUUUGCUGGGGAGCAUAUAGACCUGAAGAAAAUGAUGUAUACGUGGACUCUACAAAAGGGCAUACCAAUGGUCACGGUGAGGCGGCAAGGAAGGAAACUUUAUGUUGGGCAAGAGCGCUUCUUAAAGAUAGUCCUGCCCAAUGAUCCCUCAUGGAAUUCACUUCAAGAAGGCUACCUGUGGCACAUCCCUUUGGCAUACAAAACAAGCCACUCUGAGCAUGAGAUGAAGCACGUAUUGACCACAAAAUCAGAUGUGUUGACGCUGGAUGAGGAAGUUGACUGGGUGAAGCUCAACACUGACAUGAAUGGAUAUUAUAUUGUCCAUUAUGAUGAGGAGGGCUGGAACGCCCUGACGGAGCUGCUGAGAGUAAACCACACUGCUCUGAGCUUUAAGGACCGAGCCAGCCUCAUUCAUAACGCCUUCCAGCUGGUCACUGCAGGACGACUGUCACUAUACAGAGCUUUAGAUUUGAUCGGUUACUUGAAGUCUGAGACCCACAAUGUUCCUCUCCUGCAAGGCCUUGGCUAUCUGCAAUCAUUCUACAAGCUGAUAGAGAAGCGAAACAUAGCUGAUGUUACUCAUAAUCUGAAGACCUACAUCUUGCAGUAUUUCAGAAAUGUAAUUGACAAACAGACGUGGGGCGAUGAUGGGACAGUCUCAGAUCGGAGACUGCGUGAAGAGGUUCUUUCCCUUGCGUGUGAUUUCAAUUAUCCACCUUGUUUGGAAAAGGCUAAGCAGCUCUAUGAUAGUUGGGUGGAAUCUAAUGGUACAAUCAGCUUACCCACUGAUGUGUCUGAGACGGUUUACAUGGUUGGAGCCCAGGAUGACAGCGGUUGGGCUUACCUUCUGGAAAAGUAUGUUGUGUCCAUGUGUGAGACAGAGAAGAGCAAAUUUCUCUCAGCUUUAGCAAGCAGCAAGGACUCUAAAAAACUAUCAAGAUUGUUACAGCUUGGAAUGGGUGGAACUGUAAUAAAAACACAGAAUUUACCCAGUCUCAUAUACAUGGUGGCCAGAAAUCCAGUGGGCCAUUUUCUAGCAUGGGAUUUUGUGAAAAUACAUUGGAAUGAACUGGUAGAAAAGUUUCCACUGGGAUCUUUUGGAAUCAGAAAUAUAAUUGUAGGCACUGUAACUCAGUUCUCAUCCACUGAGGAGUUGAGAGAGGUUGAGGAUUUCUUCAAGUCCAUCACAGAGCAGGUAUCUCAGCUACGUGUCAUACAGGUGGCCACAGAAAACGUGGAGAAGAACAUUAUGUGGCUUGCAAGGAAUCUAGAGACCAUGAGGACUUGGUUGCAGCAAAGACUCAACUAAAAUGUAAAAAGAAGACCAACAUUUCACAUUAUACUAGUUUUACUAGUAUAUUGGUUUUUGGUUUAUUGAUCAGGAUCAGCUCAGAAACUCCACUUUUCAAGUUUUCUACUGUUUCACAUUUUUUAGAUAGAUUAACGGCGUAUAUGAUGCAUGAUGUGUUUGCUUUUUUUGUUUACUUAGAUAAAGAAGUUUAGAAACAGCUAUGCCAUUUCAAACCUCUAAUGGUUUUGUCUUGGUGUUUUUCUUUGCCUCUGAUUGGUCUCUUGACAGCUGUGCCACAUUUUCUACCUUAUGUUAAUAGGACACUGCCUAUUAAUUAGUGGCAUAAAAUCAUACUUGAAGACACUGAACAUUAAUGAACUGAAUAGGGUUUGGAAUAAAAAAAUAUAUAUAUAUAUAUAUAUAUAUUUUUUUUUUAUAAGGGUCUAGCACAAAAACAAAAAUGUGUUCUUAUGAAACAUAACAAAGACAGAAAAUGUAUUAAAAUAAGGUAUGAAAAUAAAUUUUAACUUUUGUUAAAAGAACAGUGCUUUUAGUUUUCAUAUACUGAUAACACUUUUUGGACAUUUCACCUUCACUGGUCUUGUUAUCAUCACAAGUACUUCUGUAAACUUUAAAGCAUCAGCAAGGAAUAUUAGUUAAAAUAUUUGAACUAGAAAUUUUGGAAUCGAUUCAAAAGUGUUUAGCUAUCAUUCGCCGACACGAAAACUAACAUGAGAUUCAUUAGGUUUGCUUCAGAUUUGCUUUGUUUGCUCCGUUAUCUCUCAUGCUCAAAACACUGUUUAAUGUUGGUUAAUAUCAUAAGUUAUGUGAUGCAGCUAUUAAUAGACCAAAAUUCAGCCAUUACAAAACUUGAUAAACUAAUAACAAUAGACAGCAACUAAACUGAGGGGUUAAGAUUAUGAUAAACAUGUAUGCCUACCAUAUUUUGGGGACAAAUUUGUACCCAGAAGUGAGCUAAAUCUCUCAAAACCUCCUUUUGGGAAUGUCCUCAUUUGUGAAGUACUUAGGCUAGGUUAUAUUAUUUAUAAAUAGCUGUAUAUAAAACAGUAAAAGUCUACAGAACGUCCCCAUUUAGAUAACUAUGUAGGCCUAAACGUGCGUUUUACUGUCGCUAGGAGGCAGCAUUGCUUUACUUCAGUUCACAAUUGGCUACAUUCAAGACAGACAUAAUGUAGCUAUAGCUACAUAUAUAAAUAAACUAAAUCAUUAAAAUUACAAUUAUUUAAGAAUUUAAAAAUGGAAUUUUCUCUUUCAUUCCCAGGGUACUUAAAAUCCAGGCCAGUAUGCCUUUAAUAUCAACUGCAUCAAGCCGUGCACAAUGAUAAAAAUGAAUAAAAAAAUAAAAUAAAAGCCAAAAUAUGUAGCAAGCAUGAAAUUACAAGUAUUUUGAUACCUGUAUAAUCUGGUGAGAUUGUGGGUUUAUCAAUCCGGUAUUGUAUCUCAUAUUUGAACUUUUUCCACUGUAUAUUGCCUGCCUACAAUAAACAGUAUCUGCUGUUCUAAGAGUACAAUGAC